AUGGGAAACUCCCAAACCAAAGAAUCACGGACCACCGCGCCACGCAGCCGAAGCCAACAAUGGUCAUCGGAUGCUUCGGGUCGCGCGUUAUAUCAAAGCUCUCGGUCGGGCAGAAGCAGUCGGCCGGACCUCUCGCUUCUGGGAAUCGGUAGUAGUCAUCAUGAUCGCGAUAUGGCCGCCCUCGAGCACCGGCGUGAAACCAAACAGGAACGGGAGGCACGUCGGUUGGAGAAGGAGCGCGCCGCCCGAGUCAAGGAGCGUGAGCGCAGUAUGAAAGAAGAACAUGUCGAUGGAGGUUAUCUAGUGACCCAGGGUGUGUACGUGGGGACGGAGGACUUCAAUAAAGCGGUUGUUCGGCAACUGAUGAUUGAACGUCGCCUCGCCCCAUUUUGGAGAGGGCUGAAUGACUUCUCCGACUCAUGGGCAGAGCAUCAGCUUAUGGCCGCGGCCCGGGGUAUGGAGAUCCCCCCACCGGACGAGAUCCCACCCGAGUUAGAGUACACCCUCCCCAAAGCCACCCAACCAAAGGUACCGGUGGACAUGAAUAACAUCCAACACCUCACCGUUCCGAUUACUUCUCGCUCUCAGUCCUACAACUCGGAUGUGUCUCAAAGUUCAAACCCCGGCCAAUCAUUACCCUCGGCAACAUCUCCGAUCGCAUCUGGCACAUCGACUUCACCACUCUUCCGAGCCCGCGCUAAGACCAUGGCUGCUUUGUCGACAUCCUCGAAGCAUGGCUCACAGACCGAUCUAACCCCGCGGGAGUUGCAAUUACCCAAGGACCCGUUUGUCAACGGCCAACCGAUCGAGGUCUAUUUAUACAAGGAUGCGAGCGAAUGUCCCAUCUGCUUCCUGUACUAUCCUCCUUACCUCAACCGUACUCGAUGCUGCGAUCAGCCCAUCUGCUCUGAAUGCUUCGUCCAAAUCAAGCGUCCCGAGCCACACCCACCGGAGCACGGCGAGCCCGAUGCGAAUGCCCCGGCUCCGACAGAGGGAGCCCGAGCUGAAGAAACAGAGUCGCAGCUUGUAUCCGAGCCAUCUGCGUGUCCUUUCUGUGUCCAGCCAGAGUUCGGAGUUACUUAUGCUAUGCCCCCCUUCCGCCGAGGUCUGACCUACGGCGCCGAUCCCAGCGCCCGCCCUUCUCCCCACAUUACUUCCCCCGUGUCCUCCACCUCCUCUUUGGCUUCCGCAAACCUUGCUCCUAUCCCCGGCCGUCGCCGCGCGACGUCCCUGUCAGCCACCGACCCUUCAGUGGUCACUACUGACAAGGUCCGACCGGACUGGGCCCAGAAGCUGGCCAACGCCCGAGCUCAUGCGGCACGCCGGUCCGCUGCCGCAACCGCUCUACACACUGCAGCUUACUUGAUGAAUUCUGGCUCCAAUGAUUCUCGCGGCCUAGGUCUGGGUCGAAGAGGGUUGCGGAGAGCUACCCACGGGGAUGCCGGCCGGUCCGGUUCUCCUGCGCUCAAUGCGCUUGCCUUUCUGACCGAGCGACCCGACCGAACCCCGCCUCGUGCACCCGAUACUGAUUCCGCCGAGGAAGGCUCAGGUAAUAUUGCCCCACCUCGGGAGAGUUCGAGGCGCACUCGCGUCGAUGAUCUCGAGGAAAUGAUGAUGAUGGAGGCGAUUCGCUUGAGUUUGGCCACUGAGGAGGAACGUCUGCGAAGAGAAGAGAAGGACGCCCGAAAGGACGCCAAGAAGAGAGAGAAGGAGGCGAAGAAGGCCGAAAAGAUCAACCGCAAGACUGGUCUGUACAGUAAUAAUGCCAGCAGUACUGCUUUGGAAGUACCUGGCGAAGCUUCGCUCGCCAAGGUUACCAGCACGUCUUCUUCUUCCAUUGGCGAAGAAACCUCCGCAGCAGACAAGGGCAAGGCGGUUGAUCGUGCCGCCUCGUCAAAUCCAUCCAUGUCAUUGCACAACGCUAGCCAGGCGGAGAAAACCCCGGUGGCCCCUGAGCAGCAUGCUGCCGCCGAGCCAUCACGGCCAUCGCAUCUGCGGAAUAUGUCGAGUGCCUCCUCAUCUUUCUCUUCAGUCAUGGAAACUACGCCGGAUGAACGGCCAACUGGUCAUGUCUCUGCAGAUGGCAGUAAUACCUCUCUUGAGCCCAUGUUCAACUUCCGCAGUCUGGCUGCUGUUAUCGGCGAUGAAGAUAAGGAUCAUGAAUCCGAGCACGUUGAGAAUGCCACUCAAGAUGCAGAGGGCUCGUCAAGUGCUACUCCAUCGGUCCAUCAGCCCACAGCCGAUCCCGCCAAACCAGAGCCCACCCCUAUUGUGAGCACAAAGGUAGAUUCGGAAGGCAGUGUCUCGCCCAAGGAGCUUGAGACACGCUCGGUGGAGAUCUCAGCUCCUACUGCGAAUCCCGAGGCGACAUCUUAA